CCCAAAGAUUAUAAUAAUGCUUUCCACAACCUCAAACUUCUCGAUCUCACCUUUCACAGAAAACAUCAUUUGUGCGCGAGAAAUUCAAGGUGGAGAUAAUGCUGGGAUUCUUCUUGAGUUGUGCUGCGUGUCGUGUCAGGCCGCGGCCGCCGGCGGUUAAACCACACAAGAAAUCCGGCGACCUGAUGAUCAUGAAGCCUGACGAGAAGUCUGAGUUUUCCAGCAAGAACAGUGCAGAAAUGAGCUUCAAUGGCGAUGAAAUGAAGCAGGAAGAGAGUGGGUAUGGCGGUAAUAGAGUGAUGGUUGUGGUUAAUCGGAGUUUUGAAGCUAAAGGCGCUCUGCAAUGGGCACUUUCUCACGCUGUUCAGAGCCAGGAUACUGUUGUUCUUCUGCGAAUUGUAACCAAUCCCUGCAAACAAGGUGGAAACUCCGAUAGUGUACUCAAUCAAAGGGCUAGCCAUGAAAUUCUUUGCUCAAUGGAAACUAUGUGCCAUGCAAUGCGACCCGGGGUGCAAGUAGAGAGAGUGGUGCAAGAAGGUAAUGGAAAGGAGAAAGGGGUAGAGAUUGUUGAAGCAGCUAAGCAACAGAGGGUGAAUCUGCUGGUGUUGGGGAAGAGGAAAAGAUCAAUGGUGAGAGUUGCAGGGAGGAGUAAGAUCACCAAUUACUGCAUUCAAAAUGCAGACUGUAUGACAGUUGCAGUGAGGAGGAAAAGCAGAAAGUAUGGAGGAUAUCUCAUCACCACUAAGCGCCAUAAGAAUUUCUGGCUUUUAGCUUAGUCAAAUGAGAGCAAAAAAUAGAAACUUUUUAUGAAAUAUUGUAUUUUGGCAGAAAUUUGUUUGAGACCGUCUCAUGGAUCCUUGUCCGUGAGACGGUCUCACACAAAUAUGAUCUUUGUAAUUUUAAACUAUGGUUUGAUUAUU